GCCUCACAGCCAUUACCCGAAUAGCUUGUGAGCUUUUGCUCCUGCGCCGACUCCGCGCCCUUGCGACGCCUCCUUCAGAGAGAUUCCGCUUCUACAUUCAGUAGAUUUAAACCCACGCACUUUUCCUACGCGUUGCGAUCCGGCGCCAUCCUCCCCCCGCAACGAAGUGAAGAGCAGGGUUGCUCGUCACGGACUCAAUCGAAGGAGCAAGUGUUCACAACAACGGAUAACUAAGGAACAAGUGGAGCCAUAAUACCCGGCCGCGACGCAAUGCGCGGCAGAAGUCAAACCUCAUGAGCUCAGAUUCGGGCGGGAGCCUCACUGACGCCCCCAAUGAUGACAACGAUACCCCGAGCAUUGGGCUGGUUGCAGCUGACUCUUGUCUUGAGCCGCAGGAUGGAUCAGGGACGACGGAUACACAAAGUAUAGGCUAUGCUGGCUCGGUCGACGAAGAACAGCGCAAUUCCACCGCGCUUAUUGAUACCGGCAAUGAACUCACCUUCGCCAGACACAAACAUGGUCACACAAACACUGUUGAAGGGGGACUGGACUCGGAUCUUCCCAUCGGAUUUCCUGCACUAGGUGCAACUACUCCAGACUCCCUCUCCGCACUUGACGACACUCCGUCAAUACAGGGGUCUAGAGUCUCCUCCCCUGGAAGCAGCGUCCCGGCAUCAUACACUUCCCUGCGUCCCCAUAGGCCUACUUCCCUCCAGCCUUUCGAAAGGCGUUUCUCUGCUCGGCAGUCUCCCUCGCCGUUAAGCACACCACGCGCGUCCACACCUGCGUUCUUGUCUCCAAAAUCGCGUCAGUCUUCUAUAUCAAGUAAUCGACUUUUUCAACUUCAACAAGACGAAGCCGAUACGCCGCAGGCGCCUUGGGAGGUUGUUCGAUGGACAAAACUGAAGAAAAUAACGGGACAGGUAUUUUCCGAGGCAGGCAAGCGAAACUUCGGCCGACCAACAUGUCUGUCAGUGGCGGCGUCACUUGUCGUAGGAACCUCGAAAGGAUUCAUCCUCGUGUUCGAUUAUCAACAAGUCCUGAAAUCUAUCAUUGGCCCUGGGACCAAGGCUAUAGAAUGCGGCCCAGUGACUGCUCUAGCUAUCUCAGCCGAUCAUACAACCGUCGCGGGCGGGCAUGCGACUGGACAUAUAUUCACCUGGGAGCUCUCAAGACCGGCAAAACCCUUCCUUCACAUACCCCCGCUGGACCGAGCGACUUUGGAUGAUAGGCGCUCCGAUGGGCACGUCUCAGGUGUCGCUAUUUUGCAUGUUGGAUUCCUUGGUACUCGACAUACUGCUCUUGUGUCGGCCGAUGAUGGUGGGAUGGCUUUCUCUCACCUUGCGACUAGAGGGUUAGGAGCGAUUGCACGGACCGUGAAGAUAACUCGGAUAUUGGGUAGAUAUCCCUUGGUCAUCAAGUCAUCAGAGCGACCGCGCAAGCCAAGCUCUGUGCUUGCCUUCGCACCACUCCCGCUUGGCAACGUCGAGCAACCGACAGACGACAUGGGACUUACGGCACUUCUUACUCCCUAUCUCUUGGUCAUCGUAUCCACUACACCUGUGGCACAGACUCAGCACAAGGCGCUGAGGCCGAAGGAAAUUGCACCACACAGCACGCUGAGUGGGUGCCUUGCUUGGUUUCCAGCAGUCAAACUGAAGCAUUCCACGAAUGACCUGGCGAUGCAAAUCUCAAAAACGAAGUUGGUGUAUUGCUGGUCCAACGUUCUUACAAUUUUGGAUGUGACUUGUAUCACGCCACCCCCGAACGAAAAGCCAAAGCCCACUGAGCUGCAUUUCAAUCCCCGCAGUAGGUGGAAAUGCGAAGAAGCUAUUGUAGCAGUGCAAUGGCUUAGCAGAUCCGUACUUGGAGUCCUCACGAUCAGCCAGCGUUUAGUGAUUUUAGAAGAUACCCCCGAUGCUUUGCGAGUGACCGACAGUUUUGACCUACUACAGAAACACAUCUAUCACGCGGACCUUUUCUCGCGGCAACUACGACUUGUAGUGGAACAACUUGACGAGGAAGAUACGUCGAUGCAUGGCGUCGUCGCGGACGCCUUCUAUAUGAGCUUCCGUGCCUACAAAGGUCGACUGUUCCUGCUCGGCGUCAAUGACAUUUCAAUCGGCACCUUGUCCAAUUGGGCAGACCGCUUACUUGCGUUGAUGGAUGAGGGUGACUUCAUCGCUGCCAUAAACCUUGCGACUUCGUACUUUGUCGGGGACACGAAUAAACUAACGGUCGGGCUGCCUGCCGAUGACAAGGCAAGACAUGGUCUGGUCCAGGAAAAACUCAUUGACAUGAUUUCAGCAUCACUCAAGUAUACGUUCGCUCAGGACCAUCCAGCAGAGGAACAGCAGUUGCCCGAGCUCGCAGAGGUCUGCUUUCGCGCAUGCAUCAAGAUGAAAGAGUUGGAAUUCCUUUUCGAAGAUGUCUACGAAGCUUUCAAGCAAGGUUCAGCGGAAAAGGUCUUUUUUGAGACCCUUGAGCGGUACAUACUCGAUGAGGAGAUUACUGCCGUGCCCCCAUAUGCGCUGAAGGAACUUAUUACAUUUUACGCUUCGUCCGGUCGCGCAAGUACGCUGGAGGAGAUGAUAUGUUCUCUCAGCACCGACACAAUGGAUAUCAACCAAGUCACCACCCUUUGCCAGCAAUACAACCUGUAUGACGCCCUGGUAUAUGUCUGGACACGCGCCAUUGGGGACUUCAUCACACCAUUCAUCGCCUUGCUCUCUCUGAUAGGCGAGGUUGGUAAGGAGGCUCCCAAUGGCGACAAGCAGGGCAUCCACCUAGACUCAGCUAUGAAGAUAUUUCCAUACAUGGCUUACACAUUCACUGGCAGGGUUUACCCUGGUGGCGAUUUCAUGGACGAUGAUCAGGCUUAUCGGGCCAAGAAAGACAUGUAUAGCUUUCUGUUCUCAGGAGAGAACAUCCCGUGGCCACCCGGUUCUAACAAUGUUGUCCUCACGCGGGGUGACAAAAGCAAUGAACCGUCAUUCCCUUACCUUCACUUGGCCCUUGAAUUCGAUACCUCCAGCUUCAUGAGUAUGCUUAACGAAGCAUUUGAAGAUAGCUUCCUCAACCAGGACCAAGAAAGCGGAGCCCUACAUCAACUUAAUGGCCUACGUGGUGGCGCUGCUUUCACGCCCACACGCCAGUUUAUAAUCAACAUCCUUCUCGGCAUUAUGACCGAGGACAACUUCGACCCUGAGGAUAUCAUCUACUUUUACAUGUUCGUUGCCCGGAAUCUUCCGAAAUACCCCCAGCACAUACUGCUACCGGGCACUUCGCUGCAUAAAGUUCUAGUUGGACUUUGCCACUACCCAAUCGACGCAGUGAAGGACGAUUGUCAGCUGUCUGUGGAAUACCUGCUCUCUGUCUACCAUCCUCCGGAUCUACUAAGUUUGGUUGCUUUGUUUGAAGACGCCGGAUACCAUCGUGUUCUGAAGGCCGUCUACAAGGCUUCGCAACAGUAUCCGAAGCUCAUCGAGACGUAUCUGAAUGACACUGAAAGUGGUGAGGAGGUUUUUGACUGCAUUGCAGAUUGCUUGCGACCGGCGCGGGACAUGCCGAAAAAGCAAAUCAAGGAGAUCAAAGCGAUACUCGUCAAUCGAGCUUCUGAUUUAGCCGCUAUAGAUGCGGCAAGAGCUGCGUUGACUCUUAAUCGAUACGCGCCCGACAUGCUGCUGCCGGUCCUGGAUGCUUUGGAAAAUGACCCUGGGCUCCAGUAUCGGUACCUGAAUUCUUUGAUCGAGCCGGAGGCGUCGCCAACGGGAGAGCGGCCUCUUCCACCUGAAGACCUUCCCUCUGGGUUCAAUGAGCGCUACGUGCAGCUUAUGUGCAGAUAUAACAGCGCGCAUGUUGCCGACUUUGUCAGUCUACUGAAUUCAGGUGAUCUCAAACUCGGUCCCGUACUGCCUGCAUUAGAACAGAGUGGGAUAGUCGAUGCCGCCGUCGUGCUGAUGGCCCGUGAUGGUCUUGUCAAGGACGCAAUGGAUCGGCUGGUGAGACACCUUAGCACGCUACAGACCGCUCUCACAGGACUUGUGGGCGCUGCAGCAGAAACGCCGGAUGCUGCGAAUACGGAAGAGACCGUAGAAGACCUUCUCAAUGAUAUUCAGAAGUAUGUGAAGGUCGGCAUAUGGCUCUGUCAAGGGCAGACAAAGUCCAUGGAUCGCUCUGCAGAAUCAUAUCUUGAUAGUCGCAAGUCAGCCUAUGGUGAGGUGCAAGAGGAGGAUCUCGCCCUUGACGAGCUUCUAUGGCUGGACCUGGUAGACAAGGUUGUCACAUUAGCCAAAGAAGCGUCUUCCUCAAUCUCUGGACUACACACCAUUCUCAUAUCCUCCUCGACUCCACACUCCAGACCAAUCGACACGAACAAAAUCACAGCCACGUUGCGCUCAUCAGUUCAACAUACCUUCUCCGCUCUCCUCGCCUCCACCAGCAUCCCACCUCAGAAAGCCGCCACCACUUUGCCCGCAAACAACGACCGUCCUACCCCCCACCGGCGGAAAUCACAACCCCAGACCAACCCCUCCUUCCUCCGCGUUCUACGUACAUUUCUUACGCGCGCAACAAACUCGUCCCCUUCGCUCAGCGACCUCCGCGCCGUACUGCAGGAAAUCUUCGCAGCUUACACGUUUGAAGAAACGAUCCUCUCGCUCGCGAACCGCUUCCUCGAUAAAGAAGGUUUUGAAGGCGUUAGGGAGCUUACGGAGUUGCGCCAACGCGGCUGGAGACCUAGAGGCCAGGUCUGCGAGGGAUGUAGGAGGAGAGCUUGGGGACCUGGCGCAGGGAGUGUCAUAUGGGAAAGCUGGGAGAAGAGCGAGAGGGAGAGGCUGAGGCGAAGGUUGGAGGAGGCGUGUGGUGGGAAGGGGAAGGGGAAAGGGAAGGGCAGGAGUGCCGUGGACGAGGAUGGAGAUGAGGGAGCCGAGGAAGGUUCGGUGGACGCCGUGGCGAAGAGUCCGCUGGUGGUGUUUGCCUGCAGGCAUCUUUGGCAUAAGGAGUGUUUGGAGAAGGCCAUCGAGGGAGAGGGAGAUGGUGAUCAUCGGGACGGGGGUGGGAGGCUUAAGUGUCCUCUUUGUUGUGCAUAGCUGUUUGGUAUGUAUGUGUAUGUCAUGAUGAGGAGGGCGGCUGUUUUCACAGAAGGGGAGUAAUCGAAGCUUUUUCUCAUUUCGAUCGUAUUGAGCACGAGACCAUGGCGGCCAUUGUAACAGUGACG